AUGAAAACAACUAUCGUCGCCCUGAUCCUGACAGCAUUCGUGGUGCAAGCGUCUCCAGUAGCUGACCGAAGCCUAGCCAUCGCCGAUGGCCACCAGGGAACGGACUCCCGGGGCCUCUCCGUCAAGCGCGCAAAGAAAGUUGAGACCAGGGUCACCUAUGGCAAAACCAAGAUCGAGUACGGCUGCGACGCGUCGGUUCACUACACCUUUAAGGGCCUCGAGGAGCUCUGCGCCAAGGGCAUCAGCUGGACGUCAGGCCACGAGAACCCGGAUAAGACCGAAAUCACUAUCAAGGCCGAGGGGCGAUGGUACGACGAGGACGAAAGGAAGAAACUCAUCGAGGCCAUCAUGAAGACUGCCAGGACGGAAGAACCAGCGAACAUUGAGAUCAAAGACAAGAAGUGGUCUGGCAGAGUCGUCGGUUCCUUGCAACCACUAUCAGGCACUUGCAAGAUGACCCAGUUUCCUAACUUCGUCGACGUCACUGUAUUCGAAGAUGAAGAACCCAAGAGCUGGAUGAGUGUUAAAGUCAGCUUGGAGGCGGCCGAAGGAGUAGCUGGGGCUAUCCAUGGAAUUGCUGGCGCGUUUUUCGGCACCGUUCUUAAGCCCUUUUGCAAGAACGAAGUUGACAGUCCCUUCUGA